AAUCUCUUAUAUGUGGUCAGCGGACGGUCGCCAAUCGUCAAUCAGUACUGUGCAUGCAAUAAUAAAUUGUCAGUCAUCGUUAUUACUACGCGGCCAUCGUAUGAUCUGGCUGGGUUAUCAUCGAUAGCGAUUAGUACACAACUUAGGAGUUACGUAUUUUGCUGAACGAUUUCGUAACUUUUUCUUGUAGUCAAAAGUAAGCAAGUCAAAAGGUAGUGCAGCGGUAUUAUCAGUAUCGGUGUAGUAUCAAAGAGUUGACAAUCGUCGUCGUCGUUGUCCAGAUACGUUUUGUCGAACUAUUUGUUUUAUCAGUUUUAUUUUGAACGGGAUAUCGCGCGGCAAACAUUGAGAAGACAUUAUCCUGAUAAAAACACCGGACAUUUUUCAACAAAAACAAGAAGCUCGUACACUGCAACAUUCUCAGGAAGCAAGAUGACAACGGAGGAAAAGUUCAACGCUGCCGUCAACGUUAUUAGGAACCUACCGAAAAAUGGGGCUUACCAACCUAGCCAUGAGAUCAUGUUGCGCUUUUAUUCAUAUUACAAACAAGCGACGGAGGGGCCCUGUCAACAUCCAAAACCCGCGUUUUGGGAAGUAAUCAAGAAGGCCAAGUGGGAUGCAUGGACACGUCUCGGCAAUAUGAGCCGUACGGAAGCAAUGAAUAAUUACGUAGAGGAAUUGAAGAGGAUCGUUGAGACUAUGUCUUAUACUGAUAAUGUGGCAACAUUUCUUGGUAGUUUGGAUUCUUUUUAUGAGAGUGUACCGACCGAGGAUUUAGAAUUGCUUGUGGGACCGGUGCUAGAGCGGAUGCGCUCCCAGCCAGGAUCACCGUUAUCCGGUUCACCAUUCGCAUCUAGAGAAACGUCACCUCACAGAGUUUGCAACACUUCUCGGCAUAUAACAAGCAGUUUAGAAACUAGUCCGACUAGUAGUCGCACCGCAAGCCCACUGCCACAGGACACCGACGGGGAAGAAGAAGAAUUCAUAGACACUGUUGAAUCCGCGCCGGAAAGGACGCAAAAAGAUACGUCCAAGUCCGUUACAGCUACACUGAAGGGACAAACUAUCGCAAAUAACGGAAUUGAUUAUUCAAAUGCGGAGAAUGUAACACAAGAGAACACUGAAUUAACUAACGGAUACAGUAAUGCUAACGGUCACGCAGAGACGUUACAACAAGAAGUGACGAGAGAAAGAGGUAGACAGAGAACAAAAAAAGAUGACAAUAGGUCCAAUGAAUUUCUAAAUCAGAUCGCGACAACCAUGCAACAUCUGCAGAGAGAUCUAGAUCGAGUAACGACGAGAGUACGAAAUUUGGAAGGACAGGCUCUGCAAGCACUGGCAUCGCAGGGUGUACGUAUGCGUUAUUAUUCGAAAUACUUCUGGUAAUUAUACAGUUUAAUG